AUGCCGUUCCCCGAGACCCUCAACAAAAAGCCCCGAGUCAUCUUCUUCACCGACUUCGACGGCACCAUCACCCUCCAAGACACCAACGACUUCAUCACCGACAACUACGGCAUGGGCUACGAAGAGCGGCGCAAGCUCUUCCACGCAGUGAUCAACCACACCGACACCUUCCGCAACACAUUCCAACAAAUGCUCGAUUCCUGGCACCUGCCAUUCCCUAAAGUGCUCGAAAUCCUGCGCGACAACAUCACACUAGACCCCUACUUCAAGGAAUUCAUGGUCUGGGCACGCGAACACGACGUGCCCGUCAUCGUGUUGAGCAGCGGCAUGAUCCCCGUCCUGGAAACACUGCUCCGCCAUUUGUUGGGGGAAGAUCUCAUGUCCGACAUCGAAAUCGUCGCCAACGAAGUUCAAUUGCGUGCUCCGGGAAAUUCACUUGAUGUUCCUGACGGCUGGACCAUCAAGUUCCACGACGACAGUGGGUUUGGGCAUGAUAAGUCCCUAACGAUCCGACCUUAUGCGGACGCUAUUUCCAAGAUGCCCCCUCAGGAGCGUCCUACCUUGUUGUAUGCAGGUGACGGCGUCAGUGAUCUGAGUGCCGCCCGUGAGACGGAUUUGUUGUUUGCCCGUGCGGGACAGGAUCUUGUGACUUGGUGUGAAAAGGAGGGGAUCCCGUUUACUACGUUUGAAAAUUGGAAGACUAUCUUGGAUGAAACUAAGGACAUUUAUGAGGGGAAGAGGACGGUCAAGAAUCUCGCGGAGGAAGGCCUCAAGAGGUAUCGGACGAAUUCGUUUGAGGAGAAUUCGCAUUUGAGGCCUACUAUUAAAUAA